UCAGGAGCCGUGCUGAUCCCUGGAACCACCCAGCUGACAGCAAAAGACUUGCACCACCGCUUAGAGGCUUCCAGAGCCAAGUGUGUCGUCACGGACUCUGCCCUGGCCCCUGUGGUGGACACGGUGGCUUCCAAAUGCCCGUCCCUGGAGCUGAAGUUCCUGGUGUCCAAGGAACCCAGGGAAGGCUGGCUAAGCUUCAGUAAUAUGUUGGAGCUUGCGUCUCCAGAACACAGUUGUGUGGCCACAAAAAGCAGUGAUCCAAUGGCUAUAUAUUUCACCAGUGGUACGACAGGAGCUCCAAAAAUGACCGAGCAUUCCCAUGCGAGCCAUGGAAUUGGUCUUGCCUUCAACGGAAGGUAUUGGCUUGAUUUGACUCCCUCCGACCUGAUCUGGAAUACUUCAGACACUGGCUGGGCGAAAUCAGCAUGGAGUAGCGUUUUUGCCCCUUGGAGUCAAGGAGCAGGCAUAUUUGUCCAUCACAUGCCACGCUUUGAUCCUAAACUUGUCCUUGAAAUGUUGUCCAAGUUUCCCAUCACUACUUUCUGUUCUGCGCCAACUGUUUAUCGACUGCUCGUCCAACACGAUUUAAAGAGUUAUAAAUUCCAGAACCUCAAACACUGCGUGAGUGCUGGGGAACCCAUCAAUCCUGAAGUGAUGGACCAGUGGAAAACAGAAACCGGCCUGGACAUCUAUGAAGGCUACGGUCAAACGGAAACAGUGCUGGUUUGUGGAACUUUCAAGGGUAUGAAAAUCAAACCAGGCUCCGUGGGGAAACCAACACCGAUCUAUGAUACUCAGGUCAUAGAUGACAAUGGUAACAUUGUACCUCCUGGGACCGAAGGAGACCUCGCUCUCCGAAUCAAACCAACGAGACCUUACUGCCUCUUUACUCAAUAUACUGAUGAUCGAGAGAGAACCGCUUCGACCCUCCGUGGGGAUUUCUACAUCACCGGGGACCGAGGAUUUCGAGAUGAGGACGGCUACAUCUGGCUGGUAGGGAGAAGAGAUGACGUCAUCAACUCGGCCGGAUACCGCAUCGGACCAUUUGAGGUGGAGAACGCUUUGCUAGAACAUGAUGCUGUGGUUGAAGCAGCCGUGGUCAGCAGUCCAGACCCUAUUCGUGGUGAGGUGGUGAAAGCCUUUGUAGUUUUGGCUCCUGAAUACAUUUCCCAUGACCAAGAAGCCUUGAUUAAGGAACUACAGGACUUUGUCAAGACUGUCACUGCCCCAUACAAGUAUCCUAGAAAGAUGGAGUUCGUUCCACAUUUGCCAAAGACAAUAAGUGGGAAAAUCAGAAGAAAUGAAUUGCGCAAGAAAGAAUGGGGACAAGCGUAGAAUUCCUCGUCUGUUUACUUUCUGAGCGAGCAAUCAUUCCGGGAAUAAAAGCAUGUGGCGUUACUCUCCAAAUUUAGAAAUUUAAAGUUCUGAAAAAUGUGUUCCCUACAUGGGCUGUUUGUCAAACGAGCUCUCUGUUGCUUACUUACCACCAGUUUAACUUUGUACAAAAACCCAAUGUAGCUGGCCAGGUUAAGCAAAGACGCAACUCUGGUUCCAGAUGUUGAUUUUACAGUGAGAAAGAACACCAAGUACCAUGGAGAAAGACCCAAAAACCCGUAUCUUCUCCCAGCCCAGAUGUUAACAGCUUCAUAAACCUACAGGGAGCUGCAUGACUAAGCCAGAUACGUAAACAAUACAUAAAUCAGAACAUUCUUUCCAAUCCCUAAAGGACAAAAGUUGAUACGAGAGCACAGAGGCAUUUUGACCAACUCGAUGAAGCAAUGAUACUAUGGGUUUCCAAAGUCAGGUUGCUGAAAAAGUAGAACUAUAGUUUGUUACAGUAGAACAGUGUUCUCCAACCUGGACAACUUGAAAAGGUGUGGACUUCCAACUCCCAGAAUUCAGAACCUUGGCCUUGCCCUGAAGAACCACCACUCUCAAUCUUGGUGACUUGUGGACUUCAACUCCCAGAAUUCCCCAGCCAGCAUGGCUGGCUGGGGAAUUCUGGGAGUUGGAAGCCCAUACCUCUUCAGGUGGCAUAUAGCCUCAUACGUCCACUCUUUUUCCCAAAACCAAUUCAGUCACUUUAAAUACAGGUAGACCCCAACAUUUCCGUUGCUAAGCGAGAUGGCUGUUAAGUGCGUUUGGCUCGGUUUUACGACCUUCCUUGCUACAGCUAUUAAGGGAAGCAACGGCAGUUGUUAAGCGAGCCACA